AUGAAUAGUGACACGAGGAGAAACUCGUCAAGAACCGAAGAUGAACGUAUUUACCGACUGCGAAGGAAGAACUUUCAAAGGAACUUGGUAACUAAGAUGAGUUAUUUGGGUUAUAUUGUCAUCGUUUUGUAUUAUUUGAAGUACGGUUGCACCAUUUGGAAUCUCAUGUUGAGAGUGUGUGUCCAAUCGUUGCUGGCAGUUCCGUUUCCAAGCGACAUACAGAUACAAAGGCUCUCACGGGCUCGUGAGAACCGCGGAUCGGCGCAUUUCUUCACACUUUCUGGAACUAUGGAUGCCGAGACUGUACCUAUGCCGGGGGCUUUCCCGUCCGGCGAUGACAGCCAGACGGCUGCGAGAUCGGAAGCUCAGAUGGAGGAAGAAAGCAAGGCAAUCAAGAGGAAAAUCAGAAAAGUUCUUUUCCAUGGUUCUCUUACUUUUAAUGUUCUUUUCAUCAUUUCAGCCCUCAUCUUCCCUGUAAAUUUCAUUGGGAAGCUGGAAGGCAACCAUCUUCUCGAAGCAGGGCUAGCCAACACGCCUUCUCCGUUCAAUAAUGCCAAUGGUAUCAUCCAGGGCGAGCGAAAGGGUGGGUUCUCCAUGCAAAUGAUCGGGGAAACUCUACCACAGACCAACUUUAAGGGCAACUUGGGUAUCGUGAUGUUCGAAUUUACCAUCCUGCUCUGCCAGUUCACCCUUUUUGUGCUUACAUGUAUCAAUUUUGCUGACCUGGGCGAUCAGAAAGACGUGGAUGGGGAUCAUUCUGAGGCUAUCGUUAGUGAUGGUUACGAUGGCAAAGUGGACGUCACUCGGAUAGAUCCGAUAGGAGCGAUCAGUGAUAUAGUGUUUCCGAUGAUAGAGACGGCAAACAAUACAUCUUCGAUGGUUUGA